AGGACCCGGUGCGACGGCAAUGGCUACAUCGGUGACGGUCACUGGAGGAGCUGUUUCGGGGACACCGCCGGCCGGUCACGCUGGCGGCGGGAGCUCGAUUAGCAGGAAGAAAGACGGCGGUCCGUCCUCGAAAUAUUGGGAAAGCUCUGACACGGUCUCGCAACUGGAGUCGGUUCGUCUGUGGAUCGGGAAGCACUACAAAAAGUAUGUUCAAGCAGACUCUCCCUCCAAUAAGUCUCUGGCUGGACUGGUGGUCCAGCUGCUCCAGUUCCAGGAAGAUGCCUUCGGCAGGAGAGUGAACAAUCCUGCCCUCACCAAGCUCCCAACAAAAUGCUUCCUGGACUUCAAGCCAGGGGGCGCUCUCUGUCACAUCCUGGGCUCUGUAUACAAGUUCAAGAGUGAACAAGGCUGGCGCAGGUUCGAUCUGCAGAACCCCUCUAGAGUGGACAGGAAUGUGGAGAUGUUCAUGAAUGUGGAGAAGGCUCUUGUGCAGAACAACUGCCUGACACGACCGAUUGUGUUCCUGGCUCCGGAAAUGGAGCAGAAACUGGCCAGCAAGCUCAAAGACAUUGUUAAGAGACACCAGGGGUCCAUCACUGAGGAGAAGGCGAAGGCCACACACCACAUCUACCCCUCCCCAGCCUCUCUGGAGGAAGAGGAGUGGCUUCGCCCUGUUGCACACAAGGACAAACAGGUGCUGGUGCACUGGGGCAUGUACCCCGACAGCUAUGAUACCUGGGUGUCCUCCAGUGAUGUUGAGGCGGACGUGGAGGAUCCGCCCAAUCCGGCAGGGCCCUGGAAGGUGCACGCCAAGUGGAUCCUGGACACGGACGCCUUCAACGAGUGGAUGAAUGAAGAGGACUAUGAGGUGGACGAGACCAGGAAGCCUGUGAGCUUCCGCCGGCGCGUCUUUCCCCGCGAUGAAGAGUCUUCCCGUACAAUCGAUCGCAAGGACCGCAAGGCGGCCGCUGCAGGGAAGAAGAGGAGGCGCUCCCCCUCCCCCUCCUCCACCCCCUCAGAGUCCCGCAAGAAAGGGGGCAAGAAAAGUAGCACCGGGCAGUACUAUAAGCGCCGAGGCCAGCAGGAGGAGGAGGAGCCGGAGGAGGACCUCACCAAGGACAUGGAGGACCCCACGCCCGUGCCAAACAUGGAGGAGGUCACCCUGCCCAAGAACGUGAACCCCAAAAAAGACAGUGAGAACACGCCGGUGAAGGGGGGCAUAAUGGCCGACCUGGAUGAUCAGGAGGACGACUCCAUGAUCUCUGGAGGCAAGGACGAGGACGACGGGAAGAUGGAGGUCAACCGCCUGAUGGACCCCGGCGAGGACAACGUGACGGAGCAGACCCACCACAUCAUCAUCCCCAGCUACGCCUCCUGGUUUGACUACAACAGUAUUCACCAGAUCGAGAGGCGAGCCCUGCCAGAGUUCUUCAACGGCAAGAACAAGUCCAAGUCUCCAGAGAUAUACCUUGCCUACCGCAACUUCAUGAUUGACACGUACCGCCUGAACCCCCAGGAGUACCUGACGUCCACGUCCUGUCGCAGGAACCUGACGGGCGACGUGUGCGCUGUCAUGAGAGUCCAUGCUUUUCUGGAGCAGUGGGGGCUGGUGAAUUACCAGGUAGAUGCAGAGAGUCGCCCUCUCCCCAUGGGUCCCCCGCCUACCCCUCACUUCAACGUGCUGGCGGACACGCCCUCCGGCCUGAUGCCCCUGCAGCACCGCCCCUCUCAGGUCUCUGCCUCUCAGCAGAUGCUCAACUUCCCGGAGAAGAGCAGAGAGAAGCCCUCAGACCUGCAGAACUUCGGCCUGCGCACUGACAUCUACGCCAAGAAGAACCCCAAAAGCAAAGGAGCCAGUGCAGGGAGGGAGUGGACCGAGCAAGAGACACUGCUGCUUCUGGAGGCCCUGGAGAUGUACAAGGACGACUGGAACAAGGUGUCGGAGCACGUGGGCAGCCGCACGCAGGACGAGUGCAUCCUGCACUUCCUGCGGCUGCCGAUCGAGGACCCCUACCUGGAGGACUCGGACGCCUCCCUGGGCCCGCUGGCCUACCAGCCCGUCCCCUUCAGCCAAUCGGGGAACCCCGUCAUGAGCACUGUGGCCUUCCUGGCCUCCGUGGUGGACCCCCGAGUGGCGGCUGCUGCAGCCAAGGCUGCCUUGGAGGAGUUUUCGCGGGUGCGGGAGGAGGUCCCGGCGGAGAUGGUGGAGGCCCAUGUGAAGAGGGCGCAGGAGGGGGGACGCGGUGCCUUCAGCCUGGAGAGCAGCGGCAUCGCCGGCACCGGCCCCAGCGAGCUGGACAAGACGGGAGCGGCGGAGCCUGAAAAGAUGGAGACGAGCUCCGAGUCCCAGCAGCCUGACCAGGGCGAGGACAGUGAAGACACAGAGAGGCCCAGCGAGGCAGCAGAAAGGCCAUCAGAGGGAGAGAGGCUGAAGAACGAGGCCGUGGAGCAGGCAGACAGAGAGGAGGCUGAGGGCCAGGGAGUGGAGGAGAGCAAAGCAGACCGAGAGAAGGAGGAGGGCGCCGACCCGGCCGAGGGCCCCAAGGAGGCGGAGGAGGGCAGGAGGAGGGUGGAGUUUGAGCUGGGGGAGGGGAACAUCGCCACUGCCGCCGCCGCCGCCCUCGCCUCUGCCGCCACCAAGGCCAAGCACCUGGCCGCGGUGGAGGAGAGGAAGAUCAAGUCUCUGGUGGCCCUGCUGGUGGAGACGCAGAUGAAGAAGCUGGAGAUCAAGCUGAGGCACUUCGAGGAGCUGGAGACCAUCAUGGACCGGGAGAAGGAGGCGCUGGAGCAGCAGAGGCAGCAGCUGCUGUCGGAGCGGCAGGCCUUCCACAUGGAGCAGCUGAAGUACGCGGAGAUGAAGGCCCGCCAGCAGAUGGAGCAACAGCAGCAGCAGCAGCAGCAGCAGCAGCAGUCUGCCGCCGCUACCCAGAACCCCGCGGGCCACCACGCCCCCCCGCAGGGCAUGCAGGGCUACGCCCCCAUGCAUCACCUCAUGGGCGCCCACCACCCCCCACAGUCAGGGCCUAUGGGAGGGUCUAGCCAAGCCAUGCAGGGACGCAUGAUGCCUGGCGCACCCCCCAGUGGACCUCAUCCGCCUCCCAUGAUGGGGCCCCGACACCCAGGAGCCCCAAACGGCAUGUAUCCAACCCCUCCCACUGCACAGCCUGAUGGGAUGGCAGCUGCCCCAGUCCAUUCAGGAGCUGAGAACUAAGACAAUGGGACCUUCUAACACACUGCUGAACCAAACACCCACGCACAGCCCUCCUACACAGACACCCACAAUGAAACAGACACAUACACAUAUACAUACCGCACCAGACCUACUUGACUAAACAGUUGUCAGUAUGCUCAUACAAUAAAAAGAGUAGUGCUCCUAUUAGGGGACAGCUUUGCAAAUGGCUCCGCCAGCCAGUAUUUCUUGUUUAGUUUUAAACGCUGCUGUUUUUUAGUUUAGUCAGAUGUAGGAGACUAAAGAGGACAGCACUGACCGCUCAGGCAGAGAGCUUAGAGGAGUCUUUUCCCCUGUGAUGUGACUG